AUGGCCGCCGGCCUCAAAACCAUCAUUUCCCUCUCCUUCGUCCUCGCCCUCGGCUUCCUCCUAGUAAUCCUCUCCUGCGCCCUCUUCCACCAAUACCUUCCCCUCCUCGUAGUCCUAACCUUCAUCCUGGCACCCCUCCCCAAUUUCCUCGCCUCUCGCUGCUCGUCUCCCGAUGACUUCUCCGACUCCUCAUCAUCGGGAAUCCUAGACUUGGGACGUUUCGCAACGGGUUUCCUCUGUAUGAUGGGUGUGGCUCUACCGGCCGUGUUGGCGCAUAGUCAUAUUAUUACGGUGCCGGCGAUGGUUAUGAGUAUUAUUGGGGGUGUGCUGAUUUAUGGGACGGUGAUUAGUUUUGGGAUGUUCUUUCAGGAGGAGGCGGAGUUUUAG